AAAUACGACGUGCGCGUCGCGUUCGCGCGCAAAGCUCCCGCCAACGCGAGGCCGAAGGUCAUUUCGUGCGCACAAUUGUGCGAAGAUCGCCGAUCUCGCCGUCCACGUCGAUCCCGGUAGGCUUCAGAUCGAGUCGCGACGCUUCGUUCGCGAGACUGCCGGCACUCGAGCCGCGAUAUUCGGCACGCUCUCGAUCACAGAAAAUCCUGAAUCCAAGCCAACUGAAAGAGUGCCGACGGAUAAGUGAACGUCGUUCAAGAUUUUGCGACGCAUUCUGCGAAUUAACUGGCUUGUCGAAGAGCCCGUCGCACAGCUGGAAGGUACGGGGGUCUAAGGAACAGCGGAAAAUCGCCGUGCGGAGUUUCGUCGCGUGCGGCAAGCAUCGGCAAGCGGGUCGCGGAGUGACAACAGAAGCGACAGGUUGCCGGGUGGUCCACCUCUCCCCCUCCCUCUGUUUGUUUUCGCGGGUGAGCCUGUCAGUCAACCACGCAGCGCCUCAAAAUUCGGUCCCGCAUCGUCGGGUGGCUGUGCACGACGCUCGCGAUCCUGUCGCCCGUCGUGCUCGCACACGACAUGGCCCUUUAUGGACGCUUCCACGCCAAGAGUAAUCAGGAGCUCGUGCAGUACCUGAAACGAGCCGCAAUAAUUCGAUCCGAGAGAGUAUUUGAAGCGAUGAACGCCACAGACAGAGCGAAAUAUACUCAACCUGGUUACGCAUACAUAGAUGCUCCGCAAGGGAUCGGCUACGGUGCUACCAUCAGUGCUCCACAUAUGCACGCCUAUGCUUUGGAAUAUCUCGAAGAUAAGCUGCGCAGUGGCGCAAGGGCGUUGGACGUUGGUUCUGGAUCCGGGUACUUGACGGUGUGCAUGGGUAUUAUGACGGGACCAAGUGGGGUGGCCGUUGGGAUCGAACAUAUUCCUGAGCUGAAAGCAAUGGCCGAGAAGAGCAUUCGCGAGGAUCAUCCGGAGCUUUUGCGCGACGGGCGCGUGGUAUUAGUCGUCGGCGAUGGCAGACUGGGGUAUCCCGAGCGUGGACCGUACGACGCUAUUCACGUGGGGGCAGCCUCUAAACAGAUACCGCAAGCGCUGAUCGACCAGCUAGCACCUGGUGGACGUCUAAUAAUACCGGUGGGUCGCGAGAAUUCGGACCAAACCCUGAUGCAAGUGGACAAGAGUCUGGAUGGCAACAUCAAGCAGCGAUCCCUGCUAGGUGUGGUAUUCGUACCGCUGACCGACAAGGACUGGCAGUACCGUCGAUCAUGAGGCACGUGCCUGCUCCAAUAAGUGAGCGCCAUUUUAUCAUUUGUGAUUACGUAUAUUGUUUUGUUAUUUUGACUCGAUUAACUCCGAAAAAGAAUUUCAUGUUGCAUUAGGAUACACAUACGUUAAAUUUUUAUCUCGAGUAAAUAUGCAUAACCGGCAUAUUGUAGAAAUUGAAUUGACUGUUUUAUAUGUGUCUGCAUAUUACACAUUUUUAUUACACGUAUGCGUACACGCAUAUUUAUCGUGCACAGUUCUAUUUAUUGUGGUAAGGAAACGAUUAGAUUGACCCGGGCAAUUUUAUUGUAACGAGUUGCAAUAAGUCAUGAAUCAACAUCGAGAUAAUUAUAUAAGAAUAUUUCAGUAUGCCCGAGAUACAUUAACGUCACUCGAUACGUCAAUCUAAUCGGCUUUGCUACCAUUUUAUUUAACAGGAGAUUUUUUUAUAGAUAUUGACGCAAUUUUUCUUUUGCAGGAGAUUUAACUUUUUAUCUAAUUUUAUAAUGAUGUCGAUUGGUGAUAUUUUCUAGUCUCUAAAUACUAUGGCCCAUAUGGUACAUAUGACCCAUGUUCAGAACGCGUUUACAACGAUAAAAGUGGCUCUAAAAGUGGCGUUAAAAAUUACCUGAAUGAGAAGCCACAUUGAAGGCUUUUUUUUAUUUUUUUUAUUUAGCCUAUCACAGUUUACAUUGUUACAAAUUGUUACAGAUUACGUUGCGACUUAUUGGGAUAUAUAAUAAAAUGAAGUUAAUUCUACUUGUUAUUUUUACUUUUACUAGUACACCUUUUGUCGUUAUAAGCGUGUUCUGAAUAUAGAUACCUGUGGGUAUGUCUAUCAGGUGUAUAUAUAUAUAGAGAAGGAGAGGACAAAAGAGAAAUAUAAACUCAUGGCUAUGAUAUUUAAAAUAUAAUGUUAGUGACAAAUCUGUUGAUUGUAGUUGUUUAGAUGAAAUUUCUAUUUCCAUGAGUACAAACAAAAGAUGAGAUAUAUCACAUAUAUUCUGACAUACGUAAUAUAUGUAUAUUUGCGUACAUCCAACAUAUGUAAUAUAAAUUAUUUGAUAUAACUUACUUUAUUUAUCUGUCUCGCAAUAGUCUCGCGUUAGGUUUCCGCACUAGUUUGUUUCAUAGAUUAAACGGGAGAGAAAAUUGCGUAAUCAGGUAUCUUUAUUAACAAUGUACGUAAAAUCAUCUACACUGUUUUGUAAGACGAAUCUCUCCCUAUUUUACAAUAUUACAUCUAAUACUUUUAUCUCCAGAGAUCUACGUUUUCAAAUUGCUAUAUUUAAAAAUAAAUAUAUAUAUGUAUAAUUUGUGUAGAAUAUCUAGAGAGAGAGAAUUGUGUCAACACAAAUACUUUAUAUGUACACAUACACAUAUGUUACAUACAAACAAUGUAGCUAGAUAUAUAUCUUACGUUGGAUCACAAAUAUUAAAAAUUAUAUGAAUCGUUGAGAAUAAA